AAAUGGCAGCAAAAUUUUGUUACUCAGGAGAUCUUACAAAUCUGACAAUUAAAUUAUCAAAAACUGUGUCACCAGCUGACUCUGCAGUCAUGUUCACUUUGGGAGUAUCAGGAAAUAUUUUGGCUUUAGUGUUGCUAAUCCGACAUGCAGACGAGCAUAACUGGAGAAUUUUCUACAGACUUGUCAGUGCACUAGCUUUCACAGACCUGUUUGGUAUAAUAACUUCCUCCCCAGUGGCCUUUGCUGUUUAUAACAACAAGUUCAUGUGGGUGGGUGGUCAACCAGUGUGUGAUUAUUUGUCCUUCAUGCUCAUAUUUGCCAGUGUUGCCACCUUAACCAUUGUGACUGCAAUGUCACUGGACAGGUAUCUAGCGUUAUGGUACCCAUAUUUUUAUAAUUCAUCACAAAAGAAAAGACGAGUCCAUGUAAUGCUUGUUGGAAUUUGGAUUUUUGCUGCACUGGUAGCCUGCUUGCCACUGAUGAGAUUUGGCCGUAAUAUACGCCAUUUCCCAUGCACUUGGUGUUUCUUUGAUUAUUAUGGAACGUACAGAACGGACAAAGCGUUUUCGAUAUUAUACACGUCACUGGGAAUGCUUGCUGUUGUAUUCUCUACUGGUUUUAAUACUCUUGUUAUUUUUGCAAUCUCCAAGGGAGCUUACGGAUCUCGUCGUGGGAGCAUAAAGUGUACUAGAGGAAAAAAGCGCGAACGAAGGAACGAAAUCUUUACUCUCAUAUUUUUGAUCGCCAUUUCAGUUAUACAUGCUGUUUGCUGGAUGCCACUGAUGAUCCGUGUUCUAAUAAAUAUAUCAGGAGCAUUUCCAAACUAUAAAGCCGAUCUUCUUGCAUUAAGAAUGGCAUCAUGGAAUCAGAUACUAGAUCCAUGGUUGUACAUCUUACUUAGAAAAGAGAUGCUAGUCAGAAUUUACAGAUUCUACCUGAAGAAAAGAUAUGGCGGCAAUUUCUUGACUUCGAGCAACAGUACGGACAGUUCAUCGGGGAGCAAGCGAGAUAAUCUACAACUACAAUCACUGAGUCCUAAGCAGAGAAGACUACUAAAGAAAAUGAAUUCGACAGAUUCCAAUACUUCUAAUGCAACAGAAAUCAAAUCCAUCUCCACGCAAUAAAUCCUAAGCUGUAGAGAUUCCUUAUAGAUAUGAAUUCAAAUAUCCAGGA